AGCACGCGGAGCUUUGGAUUCAGUCAGUUGACUGGUAUUCGCCAUACCGAGCAGAUCUCAUCCUGAGAUCUUAAGGAUUGCCUAACUGAAGACGGAUCGUCAAAUUAUUACUGAUCUCGCUGUUGCGUCGUUGUACCUUUCGAUUCUGGUCUUACUUCCGGUCUUAUUUUUGAAAGAAUGUUUAUCAACUCGGUUUUGUUCCUGGCAAUCUGGACUAGUUCAUCGUUCGCGGAAGAAUCGUCUUCCAGCGAUGUCGCGUCUGCCAAACGGGCGCCUAUGAGGUUCCAGGAUAUGCGCGGAAAGAAGGACCUCAUUCCCACGGCAACAGAACACAAUGAACUUUCCAAGAGAAUGUUAGUAGAUUUUCAGGGUAAAGAAUCGAGUGCAUCCGAUGUUGAGAAUAAUUUUCUGCAUGACGAGUUUGACAAGCGAGCGCCGAUGGGAUUUCAGGGUAUGAGGGGAAAGAAGGAUUAUUUGAUACCUGAUUUCGAAGAUUCUUACUUUCGUGACGACUACAAGAAAAGAGCGCCAAUGGGCUUUCAGGGUAUGAGAGGCAAGAAGGCCACGUUGGAGAACGAAUACUAUAAACGCGCACCCAUGGGAUUUCAAGGAAUGAGAGGAAAGAAAUCUUUGGAAGAGGUGUUGAGCGAAAUUGAAAAGAGGGUCGCGAUGGGCUUUCACGGUACUAGGGGAAAAAAGACAUAUGUUUUUGAAUAUCCGGAAGAUUACGAAAAGAGACUUCUCGCGAUGGGAUAUCGAGGUUUGCACGAUACGAUGAAAGAAUUUCCAGCAGAGUGGGAGAAAAGAGCUCCCAUGGGAUUUCAGGGAAUGAGAGGUAAAAAAGCACUGCUUGACGUGAUAGAGGAACUUGAGAAACGAGCCCUCAUGGGUUUUCAGGGUAUGCGAGGAAAGAAAGAUAUUUUUGAUGAAAAUGAUGAAGAUGAAAAUAAUGAAGAUGAAAAUGAUGAAGACUAUUACAUAGAUUCAGAUGCAUAUUUUGACAAGAGAGCACCAAUGGGUUUUCAAGGGAUGAGGGGUAAGAAGAAUUCUGAUAAAAGGGCGCUUAUGGGUUUUCAAGGUAUGAGAGGCAAGAGGAAUAUACAUCCAAGAUUUGAGACUGAUAUGAAUUUUGGAAGCCGAGCAUCGAAUGAAUAUCAAGGAAUAAGCGAUAGGAGACACGCUCUAGCCUCGUGCCAAGUCGAAAAGAGAUCGCCCUUCCGGUAUUUUGAGAUGCGCGGUAAGAAAAAUCCACGAUGGGAGUUACGGGGGAUGUUUGUGGGGGUGAGAGGCAAAAAGUGGGCGAAAGCCCCAUACAAGGACAACAGCCCGUUCAUAAAGGUAUUUGAUAAUACCGAAAGGAUCGGCGUGGAUGGGGAUUCGCCAGCAACAUUAGAUUCACAAUAAUACAACAGCCCUUAGAAAUGUGGUAACUGUUACGAAACGUCUCCUUCAAAUAAUUAAACCGAUGUAGCUAAAUCUAAAAA